GGCCCCAGCUUGCACAUGGAGCCAAAGUCUCCCGUAGCGUCGGUGCGGCCAGCUGGUAAAUAGGAAGCGAAAACGGAACAUACGAAUACCCAUGUCUGCCGAGACAGGCGGCAGCGCAGUGGCAGUCCUAUUCCCACACCACAUAGCACUAAAUACACUGACCCCGACUCGGAGUGCGUGGACGGACUCCCGGCAUGGAUUUUCGGGAACCAACGGCGGCUGAUAAGCGCAUCUGUCCCAACGCAAAUCCAUCUUCAGCCGCCGCUCUUUGCCCAUCCCUCUAGAAGUCGAAUCACUAUUGAUAUCUCCCACACUUCCCAAUGAGAAGCAUCAAUCAUGAGCCUCCGCCAUAUUGGCAAGUCAACGUCCCCGAGGAGCUUCGGUUGCGCGAGUGUCCCGAGUUCUUGCUCUCGCUAUCCGACAAGGACCGUGGAAUCAUCAGUACGCCAGACUCAGACUUCACCCCCGAUACCUGGCAGGAUGUAAGAAGGAGUAUCGAGCUCAACAGGCUUGACCUUUUUCAGAGGAAGCCCUCGGACCUGCGGCGCUAUCUGGAGUACAAUUGGGGGCUGAAACGAGACUACGGAAGCGUCAUGGAUUUCAUCCUCGCAGAGAGGUUGGCCUGGGAGUCACCCAUUGUCCCCUUGGGUAGUGUCCCCUUCGAACACCCAGACGAUGUCAAGAUACUUCACAAUGACUGGCCUUAUGGUAUCGAUGACCGGAUUGUCCACCUAGUCGUUUGGACUCGCUUCGAGCUCGAAGAUGAUCCGAUCACAGACGACCUUACAGACAAGGCGCGGGCAGAAAUUGACGCCUUUGUCGACAGGACCUUUUCUCCAUCUGUGUCUCGAGACCAUUACAUCUGGUUCAAGAACCGGAAGUCCCUCAAAUCAGUUCAUGCUGUCGAGCAUUUCCAUGUGAUGCUGUUCAACCCAGACCCUCUGUUUAUCAGCCAACUCACCAAAGGCGACGUCCCUCUCAGCAAGAGAGUUUAGGAAGAAGAUAUUAUGACUUGCGGCUCAGCGGGUUUGAUUCAGGACCCCUGGAAUAUCAUGCGGGCCUGCGGCACCAGCCCGGAUCUCGACGGACGGCGCGUCCGCGAAGGGAACUGCGGUGGGCUUCUCCAUGGAUAUCUUGACCUGCCAGCCGAGAGGGCCUGAGUAUGUCUGAGUCGCAAGUGGUCUGAAGUCUGCCAUGAUCGCGCGUGCGAGGUGUGACCCAAGAGCCUCGAGAGUCUCGAAUGCCGACUCUCCGAUUAUCUGUAGUUGAGAGGUUAGAAUAUCGUGUCCGAGACGAGCGAGAUGACAGAAGCAAAAAGCUGUGUCAGCCCCCCAGACCGUGCCGCCCAGCAGGAUUGAAUACAUUGACAGCAAGCGCCUCAAGCGCGGUGUACGCAUCCGGUGCGUAGUCGAACUUGUCCACCUCGAUGUCCGUGACUACGAACUGCUUGGCGAGCC